GAAAAAUCUAAAAAACGAACCAUGAAAAGUCACAGCCCAAAUAAAUGACACUGGAAAUUUGGCCGAAAAGAUUUCCAGUUUGAUUUACAAUUUUGCAAACACUAACCUUCAAGCCUUUACAGGUAUUCUUUCAUGUGAGCUUUUACAGUUUGAUGUCUGCGUAUGAAAACAUCUACAAGAGUACAUGAACUCCAAUGGCAUUAUCUAAGCUAACCCCCAAGCUCAUAACAUGGCUAAUCCUUCCUUCGUGCUUGCUCAUCUUCUUCUAUUCCAAUGUCCUGCCUCUGUACACCACCAAUCGCGCCCUACAAUCGCCGAUUUCCGAAAACCCUAAUUACUCUCAAGAUCACUGUAACCUCUUCAGAGGGCGUUGGGUUUUCGAUCCAACCCGCAAACCCAUGUACGAUUCGACCUGCCCAUUUCACAGGAACGCUUGGAACUGCAUUCGAAACCAGAGAGAGAAGAUGGGCCGGAUCAAUUCAUGGAAAUGGGUGCCCGAAGGCUGCCACUUGGACCGGAUCGACCCGGUUCGGUUCCUCAGUCGGAUGAGGAAUAGGAAUGUUGGGUUCGUGGGGGACUCUUUGAACGAGAAUUUCCUGGUGUCGUUUCUGUGUGUGCUGAGAGUGGCUGAUGAUGGUGCUAAGAAGUGGAAGAGAAAGGGGGCUUGGAGAGGUGCUUAUUUUCCCAAGUUCAAUGUUACAGUCGCGUAUCAUCGUGCGGUUUUGCUGGCGAAAUAUGAGUGGCAGACUAAACAGGCCGCGUUAUCUGGCCAAGAUGGAGUGAAGGGAAUAUAUCGUGUAGAUGUUGAUGUUCCAGCAAAUGAUUGGGUUAAUAUUGCUGAUUUCUAUGAUGUGCUGGUCUUCAACACUGGUCACUGGUGGGGCUAUGAUAAAUUCCCAAAAGAGUCCCCUCUUGUUUUCUUCAAGAACGGGCAACCAAUAAAUCCUUCUUUGGAAAUAUCGGAUGGGCUCAAAGUUGUUCUGGAGCAUAUGGUAGCUCACAUUGAGAGAGUAUUCCCCACAAAGGUACUCAAGUUCUGGCGGCUACAGUCACCGAGGCACUUUCAUGGUGGUGAUUGGAAUCAAAACGGAAGUUGCUUGUUUGAUAACCCACUUGACGAAUCUCAGCUUGAUCUAUGGUUCGACCUGAGUAAUAAUGGAGUGAACAAAGAAGCUAGAGAACUUAAUCAUCUGAUUGAGGAGACACUGAAAGAGACGAGCAUAAAACCACUCGAUUUGACUCGUUUGAGCGAGUAUAGAGCUGAUGCUCAUCCAGCCAUUUGGCUCGGCAAGAAGGAUGCAGUGUCAGUAUGGGGACAGGAUUGUAUGCAUUGGUGCCUUCCAGGUGUUCCCGAUACUUGGGUCGAUAUUUUAACCCAAUUGAUCAGCUACAAUUUGGAAAGCAGUUGAUUAACGAAAAACUAAAGGGAUGCUCCCUAAGUUGAUUAGAGUACUGUUUUUUUUUUUUCCUCAAAUAGCGAGUAUGAGAUGUAUGUUUUUUUUAUUAGAGUUUGUUGUUAAAUGAUCAUAUUGAAACAUUUAUUACUUUUUCUUUUUUUUUGAUGUUUUCAUUUUUUGUAUGGCUACAUUCAAGGUACAAUGAAAAGUUGAAUCUUGUUAGAUGCUAGAGAGACAGUAGCUACAUUCAAGGUACAAGAAACAUUACUGAGCCAUUUUUCGUGGAAGGCCAUUUCUCUUUUUAGUCGUCUGUGAAAUUAACAAUUCGAAAUCAUAUGGUUCUCUUUUGCUUAUUGCUG